UGCCCGGGGCAGCCUCUCUGAGAAGAUGCAUCAUCUGCCUCUCACCCUGCUACUCCUUCUCCUAUGCUGCAGAGCUGAAGCUGGGGAGAUCAUCGGGGGCACAGAGUGCAAGCCACACUCCCGCCCUUACAUGGCCCACUUGGAAAUCAUCACUCCCCAGAAUCACCUGAUGUCUUGUGGUGGUUUCCUGAUAAGACGGAACUUCGUGCUGACAGCUGCUCACUGUGCAGGAAGGUUCAUAAUGGUCACCCUCGGAGCCCAUAACAUACGAAAGAAAGAAGACACGUGGCAGAAGCUUGAGGUCAUAAAACAAUUCCCUCACCCAAAAUACAAUGACUUUACUAUUCGCCAUGACAUCAUGCUACUGAAGUUGAAGGAGAAAGCCAACCUGACCCUGGCCGUGGGGACACUCCCCCUUCCACCCCAGUUCAACUUCAUCCCACCCGGGAGAAUGUGCCGGGUGGCUGGCUGGGGAAGAAGACAAGUGAAGGGAGCAGGCUCUGACACUCUGCAAGAGGUGAAGCUGAGGCUCAUGGAUCCCCAGGCCUGUAGACACUACCUAGCUUUUGACCACAACCUCCAGCUGUGUGUUGGCAAUCCCAGGAAGACAAAAACUGCAUUUAAGGGAGAUUCAGGGGGCCCUCUUCUGUGUGCUGGGGUGGCCCAGGGUAUUGUCUCCUAUGGACAGGAGAAUGCAAAGCCCCCUUCUGUCUUCACCCGAAUCUCCCACUACCGGCCCUGGAUCAAUGAGGUCCUGAAGGAGAAUUAAGCCUGCACGGAGCCUGGGCCAGCCCAAGGGGAAAUCUGGAACCAGACCUGAGCAGGCUCUCUGUGCCACUUACUCCGGAGCUGCCUCUGGUCUCUGCUGAGGCCCCGCCACAUCCCUCAGACCCAAGAAUCCUCCUCCAGGUCACAGCGUCCUCAGUAAACCUCAAUAAAGACCCAGCUUCCA